AAACGAUAUGCCUUUAGUGUGCAUUAUUUAUUGGGGACUUUGCCUUCUUAUUUCGACUGUAUUAUAGUACAGUAGCUGCACUUUAGUGUGACACAAAAGCAAUAAAAGUUGUUGUUACUGUUCGAACGGACGAGAGACUAGAAAUCUGUAAUGAGUGGUUGGAAAAAUUCAAUCAAUAAUUGUUUAAAUAAAUGCCAUACUUUGUAAAGUGUUGUAGUUUUCUUUUAAACAAUUGUUUCUUUUAGAGUUUUUUUUUGUUUUGUACCUAAUUGCGUUUUUAAUUGUGCUUUUAUAAAUUGAUGCGAUAAUUAAUUUUGUAUUUUUCUUCUAGAAUACGACGGACCGUAUACCUGUGAAAUGUGUUUAAAAGUGUAUAGUUAUAAAACAAAUUUAACGAGACACGUACGUUUCGAAUGCGGUAAAAAUGCGGCUUUUCACUGUCUACACUGCAAUUAUUCCUGUAAACAGAAAGGAAACCUGAAACGUCAUAUGUCUAGAAGACAUUCCAAGAGGUACCGUAGAUCGUAUUAUAAGGACGAUAACCCAUUUAAUUGCGAGAAAUGCAGUCAUAGAUUCAAGUACAAACACCAUCUAACAGCUCAUCUAAAAGAAUGCGGGUUUGACCCGCCCCUAAAGUGUUACUUUUGCGGAUACAAAACGCACCGUAAAUAUAAUUUGAAGACCCAUCUGCUUACCAAACAUUCUAACAUGUACCAAUAAACUUUGUAUUAUGCAUGUAUUAUCUACUGCUAAUAAAUAAAUACAUGUUUAUUAAAUUCACGCAAUAAAUUGUAGUUAAUAAUUAUGAAUUUAUUUCGCCAGUUUAUUUUCAGGGGGAUACAGCAAUGAUAAACUAUUUAAAAUGCAAUUUAUAAUAAUUGUAGUUUAGUUUUCUUGUUUAAAAAAAAAAUAAAAUUGCUCACAGUAAAUGCUGUCAUUUAUUUACACUACAUCCGGAUUAGAUCCGGUGCCUGACGGAUCUAACAUAUGUUUUUGGGUUCCAGUCGGGUAUCAGAUAAUGACGCUGGGUACUCGACAGUGCCGAGUAAUUCUACCAGAGAAAAAAGCUACCCGAUAAAAAUUGAAGUUAAAAUUGUAUUGGAAUUGAUUGAUUGUUUGCCUUAAUUCGUAUUAUUUAUUGAUUACUAUGCUACAUUAUUUUUUAUUUUGAUAUAGUUCUUCUUUACUUUUCCUCAUGAACAAAAAUACAUAAGUACGACCGAACUAUUCCAAUUGCUGGUAUGUCACUAUGGUUUUGUCACCUUACAGAAUUUUAGUGUUUAUGAACAGUAUCGGCUCGUUUUAACGGUUUCAACUCAACCCUCUCCUUGAAAAACUACCACCAAAAAUUAAAAUUCCAUUGGCUUAGUGUUUUAAGAAGACAUGAACCAUUAACCCCAGUGGUUCUGCCGUGUAUCCGGCCGGGUACGCGCCACAGCUACCCGGUUUACCCGGUACUCGGCAAAAUCACUAUCCGGUACAUCUCUGCUUUGGAUGCACCUACAUAUAAAUAGGGAACUGAAAGGUAUUUAAAACUUCUCAAGAUGCCGUGUAAAUUCGAACAGUGUUGUGAAGCAGUG